UAAUCAGAGACAGCUUCAACAAUCACCUCGCCAUGAAAUUGGCUAUAAUAGUUCUGUGUCUGGUGGCGUUGGUAGCAGCUGCUCCUCAACGAAGAGGCAACUACUACUCUGAUUACAGCACUGUACAGGUCCUCCGAUAUUUCAACGAAAACUCCGGAGUCGGUUCAUACAGCUUCGGUUUCGAGCAAUCAGACGGCAACAAACGCCAGGAACAAGGAGAAUUGCGGAAUGAGGGUCGCGAAGACCAGUAUCUGGCAGUAAAAGGAAGCUACUCGUGGGUGAGCCCUGAUGGUAUAGUCUACACUGUCACCUACGUCGCCGACGACAAAGGUUACCAACCAGAAGUCGAGCAAGGUCCCGGAGAAGUCCCUGCCGCCCUCGCUGCCACUCUUCUCGGCGCAGGAUAAACAAAAAAUAGUCUAGUUAUUCUGAAUGUGAAUAAUUCUACUAAUGUUGGUUACAAAUAAUACAUCACAUC